AUGAUGAGAAGACGUACCAUAAGAGAAACAUCGCAUUUUCACGUUCGAACCCUCAAUAUGCUGAAAAAUCGCAUUUUAGGAGAGAAAAAUGUGUUUAGAAUAUCUAGAAAUGAAGAGACAUUUGAAAAUGAAUUAUAUAAAACUGAAUCAAUAUACUCUCAGUCUACAUCUACAAUGAGAUCCUACUCUCUACCAUCUCAGCGACACCAAGAAGAUCAUUAUCAUCCCAUAGAAUCACAAGAUUAUAUAUAUAAAUCCAGGCCACUACACAACCGUUUGCACACUGAAUAUCGUAAAAGUUUACUUUCAACGGGUACUAAACACCUAAAUUUGAAAGGAUUUGCAAAUCUGGCCUUUAUACUAUUAGUGGUUAUGAAUUUUAGAAUGGUUAUUGUCAAUUUACUUAAAUAUGGAUUAAUAAUCACAGUGCCUGCCACAUCUAAGGUGAUUAAGGAACAUGUACCACUUUUCAAAUGUGCAUUAAAGAUGAAUAUAUCUAUUGUCCAUGCUUGGAUGAUUGAGCGAUACUUGGCACCAUUAUCAGACAACCCACUCACGCUACCGAUAAUGUUAUUACAGGCGCUAAACAUGAUAAUUCUACUAGUAUACCCCUUUCUAACAGUGUUACAAUACCCCAGCGAUCCAACAAUAUCAGCAUUUGUGCUAUUUACGUCCGUUGUGUGGACUCUAAAAACGUAUUCAUUGCAUCAUGUUUGUUAUGAUUGCAGAAGAGCUUUAGCAUAUGGAGAUGAUAUGAAUGAAGUUUGCGUCAAUAUUGGGGAAUCUAAAGCAGCCAGCAUGUACCCAAAGUGUUUGACAUUGUAUAGCGUAUACGAAUUUAUGGCAAUGCCUACAAUAUGUUUCCAAUUCUUUUACCCCCGUACAUUGAGCAUUAAUUGGUUCAGAUUGUUUCGUCAUGCUGUGGAAUUGGUGUUUUUGCUAGUUGUACUAAAGAUCAUCGCUGAUCAGUACAUAAUAUUGACUGUAAAAAACACAUUCACUAUGGAAGAAUUUAAGUCGGCAAACUUUAUACACGUUGCAGCACACAUAAUAGAUCGGAUGAUUAUACUAUCACUACCAAUUUUUUAUUGCUGGCUGAUUAUGUUUGUAACAUUUUUCCACCACUGGUUCAACAUUUUGGCUGAAAUUACUAGGUUUGGAGAUCGCAAAUUUUACGAUGAUUGGUGGAAUGCAUCAUCAUUUUCCGAGUACUGGAUUAAAUGGAAUUUGCCCGUUCACCAAUUUGUUAAACGGCAUAUUGGUAUGCCCCUCACUCGCAGAGGAUUUUCAAGUCUUGGUAUACAAUUUUUUGUAUUUACCUUAUCCGCGGCUUUACACGAGUAUCUAAUAUCAGUUCCACUGGGCCUUGGAUGGACAGGUUACGUCUUCUGGUUCAUGAUGGGCCAAAUACCAUUACUGAAACUCACAAAAAUUGAAAGGUUUAAGAAUAAUAAGACACUUGGAAACGUGUUAUUCUGGUGUCUAUUUUCGGUUACUGGACAUCCGUUGGGUAUAUUGCUAUAUUGGUACCUUUGGGGUGUCAAACAGGGUAAAGUGUCUUAG